AUGCCUCCAAAAACGAAAUCCAAGGCGCGAGCCUUCAAAACAAUAUCCUCGAGUCCGAAAUUCUCUCCUUCAAGCUGUCUCGAGCCUCCCACUCCUUUCAAACGAGCCCCAGCGACCCUCGAACCAUUCCUCUCCACGCUCGACACAUCACAUAUCUACAUCACGCAUAUUGACACGAAACCCAAAGAUUUCAAGCAAAAGAUAUUCUUGGUACCGGUUCUUAUGAAUGUGGUGAUCAUUGGCCUCAUACUAUGGAGAAUAAAGACAAUUGGGCCCUUCUACAUGAAGAUCUGCUUCUCCUUGAUGGGAAACCCAAACGAGACGACGGUGGAUACAACGCGCAUGUCUUUUAAUGAUGCCUUCUUGGUGAUCUUGAACAGAGCUAUGAUCUUCAUUGGAGAUUUGCUGAUAUAUGUGUUCAUUUGGCCAUGGCCCCGGGAGUUCUUUGGUGGGAGGACAAUUAGCAAUCCAGUUGCAUGGAGAUUCGCAGUCGGAUUCAGACCACAAGAGAUUAUUGUACGGAGGAGUAGGAAAUGGGAUCGCGCUAUUGUAGAUGUGCUGGAGCAAGGGAGUGGACAAGACGAGCUAUUUGACAUUGUGAGGAGGGCUGUUGAUCCGAUCUGGAUGGCUGAGAAGACAGGCUACUUAAUGCUCAACAAGGAAUGGGAUUUGGAUUGGAGGUCUAUAAUAACUGCGACAAAGAUGGUGGAUAAGAAGACUUUGUCGAUACAGGAUUUCAAAACUACAAUACUGCUGCACAAUGAGCAGUUCGGCUGGAUGGUCAUUGAGACUGCUGCGGCUGGGGGAAGUGCUGCCGAAGAGGAGGGAAGGAGGAAGAUUGUGGCUUUCAAAGACGAGUUGACUGCCCUUGGAAAGGAGAAUCUAUUCUUUAGGUGGAUCGAACUGGUUCAGUACGAAUCCUCGCGUCCUGGAGGCUUUUCCCCAGAGCGGCAAGUUGAGACCAUGGCCAAGGCGAAAGAUAUGUUCGAGUCCCAGGGCGUGGAUUUCGACAAGUUCUGGGCCAAAGUAGGAGGCAUGGAAGGCAUGCCCGGAAUGGAUCAGAUGUAG